CCAUAAUUCUACAGAUAGAAUAAAAGUGAGAGUAUGGGAUGAAGAUGAUGACAUCAAAUCUAGAGUAAAACAACAUUUCAAAAAGGAGUCUGAUGACUUCCUUGGGCAAACAAUCAUUGAAGUAAGAACACUGAGUGGAGAAAUGGAUGUGUGGUAUAAUUUAGAAAAACGGACAGACAAAUCAGCUGUCUCUGGUGCUCUUAGAUUGAAAAUCAAUGUUGAAAUAGAAGGAGAGGAGAAAGUUGCUCCCUAUCAUGUGCAGUACACCUGUUUACAUGAGAAUCUAUUCCACUACUUGACAGAAGUUAAAUCUAAUGGUGUGGUAAAAAUCCCUGAAGUUAGAGGUGAUGAUGCCUGGAAGGUGUACUUCGAUGCUGCUGCACAAGAAAUUGUAGAUGAAUUUGCAAUGCGUUAUGGAAUAGAAUAUAUUUAUCAAGCUAUGACGUAA